AUCCUCAAAUCAGAAGUUUUCACUUGUUUUUUCAAUGCAUUUGUAGUUAUUUGUCAAAAAUAGCAUUAAGAAUGAAAGAAAAGAAUGAAGGCUGUUGUCUCCAAAGUUCAAUCUUCAGCUGAUUAUUACAUUUUUGUUCUGUAUUAUAUCUCUUUUUCACUAAGACUGAGAUAACUCAUAUAUUAUAUAGACAAAUCUCUAGUAGUAGUACCUAAUUGGCAGUCAAUGCAAUUGAGGUAAACUUUUGAGCAGUUUUUCAGAUAUGAUCAACAUUGCAAAGCUAUAAUAAAAUAGGCAGAGACUAUUUGCGCCCCCUUUUUUGCUAAGUCCGCCAUCCCCAAACACGCGAAAAGACUAAAAUACCCUUCAGUAAUUUAAAUUUAAAAAAAAAAAAAAACUACCUUAUCUCUACAAACCCUCCCCCUCUUUCAACCGUAUACCAUCUUCCUCUCCCACCCAAUUUCAAAAGUUUCAACCCUCACAAAAUCAAGUCUCUCAAACCCACAACCAAGUCAAGAAGAGGAAGAGAAAGGAGGACAACCAGUAAGAAGAAGAAGUAAGAAGAAGAAGUUGAAGUAGAAGAGGAAGAAGGAGACCAAGUCAAGAAGGAGUAACCCACAAAAUACAACAACAACCCAUAACCCACAAGAAGAACAACAAUGCCUCCUAGGAAAACUGCCCGUGUUGUUGGUCCUUCUACUGAACCUACUGCUCCACGGGAUCGUAGCUCCACUCAUGCUUCUAACCGCAAACGGUCAGAAGAGGCUAAUAGAGGAAGGGGUAGAGGAAGGGGUCGAGGAAGGGGUAGAGGAAGGGGUAGGAAUGCUGAACAAGAGCCUGCUGUACAGGAUCAGCAUGAUGAUGAGAUUAUGGCUGAUCAGCCGGAUGAUGACACUGAGGCGGAGGAGGAGACUAGUGGUGAGGAGGAGACUAGUGGUGAGGAGGAGGCUGAGGAGGAUGUCGGUGCUGACCUCGAGGCGGAGUUUGAUGAGGAGUCUGGUGAUGAGGACGAUGAGAACAGGUUGUGGUAUGAGGGAGGUCCGUUUGACCUUUGCUUGUUGACUAAGUAUGGCGAACAUAUAGCUCGUGACAUAUGGAGGUCAUACAAGCGGCCAAAUUAUGAGACUAGAGGUGUGCUCAAGAUCUAUAAUCAUGGGAGGAUGUGUCAUCCUGUAGUCCAUCAUGCUCGGUACAUAAGGGGUGCGGUGCAUAAUGCAGGUUUGCGGUGGGUGAUGAAAUGCACAAGCCCGAGUGUUGACCAGAGCAUUAUUUCUGCUUUUGUUGAGCGAUGGCAUCCUGAGACGUCAUCUUUCCACUUACCCUGGGGGGAAAUGACGAUCACACUUGAAGAUGUCUCAGCAUUACUCCACUUGCCCGUAGAGGGUGAGUUCUUCUCCUUUGGUAACCCGACUAGGGAAGAGGCGGCUCCUGCGGUUGCUCAGUUACUUGAUGUGGACAUUGAGCUUGUGAUGGAGGAGUUUGAUGCUUGUAGGGGUCCAUCUCUUCGCUUUAGCUUUCUCCAAGCUAUUGUGGAGAAACACGUAGAGGCCAACAAUGAAGUUCCUGCAUGCCGAGCUUAUAUGCUGCGGUUGAUUGGCAUGACCCUUUUCUGUGACAAGAGCAACACAUAUAUUGGUGCUGUGUAUUUGUCUCUGUUUGAAGAUGUUGAGAAUGCAUCAAGGUGGAAUUGGGGAGCUGCCACUUUGGCUUACUUGUAUGGUCAGCUCGGGGAGGCCAGUAGGAAUGGUGCUAAGUCUGUUGCUGGUUAUUUAUCUCUUCUGCAGUCAUGGGUGUUUGCCCACUUCCCCGGAUCAGUGUUUGAGCGCAGGGACAACCCUGCCUACACACCAGACAGGCCUGUUGCACUAACUUGGGAGGCGCUUCGAGGGACUACUGAGGUUGCGCAGAAGAGGAUGAACCUGGAUACGUUUCCGGCCAGUUCUGUGAUUUGGAGACCUUAUGUAGAGCACUAUGAUCACUGGCCCUUCCCUCAGGUUGCCUUGUAUAGGGGAUUUAUCAGGCAUGCCGGGAUGAUAUUCCCAUACCUCCCAGAUCGAGUCAUCAGGCAGUUUGGCCGGAUCCAGUAUGUGCCAGAUCCCCCACCAUCGUCAGUUACGUGCCGGGAGUGUGAUCGUCGAUUUGCGCACUGGAAUGAUCACAUUUGCCAUCUGUCGGAAGAAGCUGCUUUCCCUUUUCAUACCACUGGCGAAUACACUCCUUGGUAUAUCAAGGUCUCACACCCUUACAUGGUCCCAGAUGAGUACAAAGGCGACCGCUUCGCAUUUCUAGAGAACCAGUUUGCGGAGCUUGCGUUGUACUCUGGCAUUGCGGUUGAUCCGACGACAGAUGGAUCGCCCCCGCCGGGUUCACCGAUGUGGGAUGUGGUGCACAAUAUGCAUACCAUCAUCGAGGGAGCAGUGCACGGGAGGGGAAGAAAGAUUAGGGGACGGGACUUGGGAGCUGGGCCUUCAAAUUCUGGGCGUUAGAUUUAGGGACCUUUGUACUUUUAUUUUGUUGGAUAAUGAUGUUGUUUAAUGUUGUUUAAUUUCGGGUCUUUUGUUAUGUGUUUUGUUGGAUAAAGCAUCUAUGUGUGUUUGUUGGAUAAUAUAGUGAGAUACAUUGGUUCUAUUAAUGGGGAAUGGUUAUAUGAACCAAAAUUGGGAAUGGUUA